GGCAUCGAUGCAAAAUUUCCCCUCCCUCUCUCCUCCCUUUUGUUGAUUUGCUGUGAACCUCAAGCAAUCCAACAGCUAACAUUUUAUCUCAUAACAGUCCAAUCUGACCCACCUCUCACACUCUUCUUUAUCAAAUUCCAACGGAAGACUGACUACUUCAUACAGAAAGCGAGAAGCUAAGAAAGGAAGACUUUGAUGGAUUGCUAGAUCUGCUUUCUUGUUCUCUUCCUUGGAGUUUAAACCCAGUGCGAUCUUCUUCUCCAAUCAAAUGGGAGCAGUUACAUAACAUCUGUGGCCCAGAGGUUAUGAGGAAGAAAUCUACCGAUCGAAGAUGUUUAAGGCAGCGAGAUGGAAGAGUGAGAAGAAUAAGAUUAAGGCAGUUUUCAAAUUUCAGUUCCAAGCAACAAAGGUUCAUCAUAAGGGAUGGGAGGAGCUCAUGGUUUCUUUGUUUCCGGUAGAUGCCGGAAAGCCGACGGCGAAAUCGGAAAAGGUAGCGGUUGUCGACGGAUCAUGCAACUGGGCGAUUCCAAUAUAUGAAACUGUUAGGCUGAUCCAAGAUUCAAAAACCGGAAAGAUCAAUGACAAAACUUACCAGUUUGUUCUCUCAGCAACAGGUUCGGUGAAAUCCGGGGUUGUGGGGGAGAUCGGCAUUAACCUGGCAGAUUACGCUGAGACCUUCAAGCCCUUUUCUGUUUCGUUGCCUCUCAAGGCUCCCAAUGCUGAAACAGUUUUCCAUGUUACUGUGCAAAGAAUACAGGGUGAAGAUGAAGGGAGAGUGUCGGAUGAGGAUGGAGAUAAAACUAUGAAGCAGCAGCUAAGAACUCUAAGAAGGAAAUUGGGCGAUUCUGCAAUUGCAGAAACAAAAGCGUUGGCCAAAAUUGCUAAAGACAUCAAACCAACUGAGGAGGUAUCAGACUUCAACAACCAAGCAAAAACAAAAUUUCCAUCUAGCAGAGUCAUGACUGUCCAGUUCAAAUCGAAUGGAAAUCUCAGAAAGUCCUAUAGCUUGGAUACCAUAUCAGCAUCAGGUUCAGACAGCAGCUCAGAAAGGUACACCCCAAAGGAGAAUGGAGCCAAGAAUAACAUAACCCAGCAAGAAUAUGGCAGCUUAUUAUCUCCUAUAAGCAGCACUGACACUCCUCGAGAUCCCAGCGUUGUGCCGGGUAACGAUUGGUCUAUCAUUUCAGCUCCCUAUGGGAGUAUUGAUGAAUCAAGUAGUAGUUCUGGGGAGGCAUUGCUAAGAGAAGGAAGCCAAGAAUCAGAUAAUAUUGUGGAAAAACUUAAUAAUGAUAUCAUUGUCUUAACAAGGCAACUGGAAGUAUCUAAUCUUGAACUCCAAACUCUCAGAAAGCAAGUUGUCAAGGAGAGCAGGCGGGGGCAGGAUUUUGUGAGGGAGCUGCAAAGUAUGAAAGAGGAAAGAGAUGAGCUUGAAAAAGAAUGUGUUGAACUGAAGGCUUCAAUUAAGAGAGCAGCAGAUCAAGAACAUGAUUCAGCUAAGCUGCAGUUUGGAGGUACAAAUAAAUGGUCAUUGCUAGAAGAAACAAAGCAAGAGUUGAAUCAUGAAAAAAGUUUGAAUGCUGACCUUCAGUUGCAGCUGAAGAAAACACAUGAAUCCAAUGCUGAACUGAUACUUGUGGUGAGGGAUUUGGAGGAGUUAGUACAGCGGGAAAACAGGGAAAUCCCUUCUUGUUGUUGCAGCAGUACUUCUAUAAAACCAGACAUUAUGAAGGAUAUGGAAGAAAUGAAGUUUAAAGUUAGGUUACCACAAUUGCAUAACGCUGAAUGCCAACAAAACUUACUUGAAACUUCCACAUAUGAGGAAGAUGAACAAUAUGCACUAGAAGUAUUAGUCAAUCAGUCUACUGAUGUCGAACUCUUAAAUUCACCAGAUCAUAAGAUUGCACAUCUAACCACUGAGUUAGAGCUAUACAAAAAGGAGCGUGAAGAAACAGAAAUGCAGAUGGAACAGCUUGCUCUGGACUAUGAAAUAUUGAAACAGGAAAAUCAUAAUAUUUCCAAAAAGCUUGAGCAGAUCCAACUGCGUGAACAAUUGAGGAUGCAAUUUGAUUGUUCAGCUCACUUUGCUUCAAUAAGUGAGUUAGAAGCCCAGGUUGAGUGCUUGGAAAAUGAAAUUGAAAGACUGACAGUAGUAUUUGAAGCUGACCUGGAAAUCAUCAGUAGAGACAAAAUUGAGCAGGAGAAAAGGGCCAUUCAAUCUGAAGAGGCACUGAGGAAGACAAGAUUGUAUAAUUCUAACACGGCCGAACAGCUGCAAGAGGAUUUCAAAAGGCUCAUAGAACAAAUGUCAUCUGCAUUUCAUAUGAAUGAAAAGCUGGUCAUGCAAACACUAAAAGAAUCUAAUGAACUACAAUUGCAAAAAUGCCACCUGGAAGAGAUGUUAGAGGAGGCAAAUAAGGAGCUUGAUUUAGUGAGACAUCAACACCAUAUUAAAUCCCAGCAGCUGUUAAGCCUAAUAGAUUUCAAAACAAAAGAAGUAGACAACCUGGUUUUGGAGCUGAAGGAAAAGCGCAAGGAGCUUGAAAAUCAAAGUAUGGUUACAGAAGCAAGACAAAGGGCUUCCUCGGAACAAAUAGCACAGCUUACAAGUGAGGUUGAAAAGCUCUCAGGAAAAAGCGAUCACUUUGCUGAACAGAUUAAACUCAAGGAAAAAUUGAUAAAAGAGAUGGACCAGCUGAAAGCAUCAAUGACUGAAAGCAAUAUGUUGCUUCAAGCCUGCAGAAAGGACAAAUCUAUGCUUGAGGAGGAGCUUUCUUUUUUAAAAGUGGAAGCCAAGAAGUCACUUAAGGAGCUGAGUGACCUCAGGCAACUAAAAAUUGAAAAUGAUGCGACUAUUAGGAAUCUAAAUGCAGAGUUAGUAAUGCAUAGAGCUCAAUAUGAUGGCCUGAAGCAUUCGUUAUUUGAGAAUGAACAAGAAAAAGAGAAUCUCAGGAAGCAAGUUGGUCUAUUGAGUGGCAACGCACAGAAGGAAGCAGGUAUUAUUGCUAUUAUUGAGAAAAAAUCAAAGGAUCACAAUGCAAAGCUACUUAACCCAGAAGUACUCAUAAAGUCAUCAUCAAGAAGCAAGAUUAGUUCGCAUAAGAAGACCCUGCUUCCUGAGAAUGGCAGAAGUAAUGGAGAUUAUGUACGUAAUCACAUAAUGGAGGACAAGAAAAAGGUGAAGGAUUUAAACAGCAUCGGAACGGCAUUAAUCAUAAGUAAUACUGUUGAUAGUCCAGAGAUUCAAGAAGAAAGAUCAAUCUUAUGCAGCUGUGAACAGACACAGCAGAAUACUACAAAAGUAUUGGUGGAGAUGGCUGAACUAAAGGAACAAAAUCAAAUGAUGGAAACUGAGCUGAAAGAAAUGCAGGAAAGAUAUUCUGAGAUGAGCUUAAAAUUUGCAGAAGUUGAAGGGGAAAGACAAAAGCUUGUAAUUAAAAUCCGCAGUCUAAAAAAUUCUUUGAAAAUUGUUUGAAUUUUUAUGUUAAUUGAGUGCAUUUUUUGUUUGUAUAGGCAAGAAUCUGGUUCCCUCAUUGAUGUAUUCAGAUCUUGCAAGGAAACUAAGGGCAUGUAAAAUGCACUCUGAUAUUUAUUUUUGUACUGUUAUACAUUUCCCCAUAUAAAGAAAUAUAAUCCCCUUUUCUGCAUAGAAA